AUGUUUAAAUGCGGUUCCGAUGCGAUCGCAUGGAUUCCUAACCUCAAGAAUCUGGGCUUUUCAUCGCUAAGUAUUCCCCAAACUGUGAGUGAAAUCAAUGAAAUGAGUUCGAAGAAGAAUUUCAGUCAGGGAUGUGUGGUUUGGUUGAAGCAGUCGUUCCUCCAGUCGGACAUUCAGAAGAUCUUAAGACACGCCCGAAAACUGCCCGAAAAGACCGCAAACUUUUAUAAAGAGUUGAAUCGAUUCAGAAGGGCUGCCCUUUCGUUCGGAUUUUAUUCAUUGAUUGAAGGGUUGGCCAGUAUUCUGGAGCGCGAGUGUCGGAUGUUACCCGGGUCUGCACACCCAGAGGCCGCCCUACAACUCACUCACGCCGUCAACGCUUUACGACUGCCCACCGACGCCCACAGCUAUAAUCAUUUGCGUUGUGUUACUCUAUGCCCAAAUGGGCCUCAAUUGGAAACUAUUGCCAAUCAGGAGAUGACUGUCCGUAUGACCAUUGCUGUGCAAUCGGAUUUAUUCGAUAUAGUGUACCUCAAUGCCAACGGUUGGGUCGGGUAGGGGAUUGGUGCAGGACUUCUAAUGAACCACAAAACAAAACGCUUGCCUAUCCUAAUGGAGAAUACUUUGAAUUCUCACAAAUUUAUACCCAAUUCUGUCGGUGCGGUGCGGGACUAGUAUGCGAAAGAUCCAAAUGUACACCCCUUACAAAUGUCAAUUAUGAAUCCUCUUUCUUUGAUGACUAUUUUUAACACAAAUCAAUUAAAAACUCAUUGAAAUUCGUUGCUUGAAAAUAAUUAUAAAUUCAGUCAAUAAUUGCGAAUCAAAAUUU